AUGACCAUCAGUCGCCAUCCAUUCAAUUCGGACAGCAGCGAGGAGACGUACCAGCUCAUCAAGAAAUCGACCGCCGCCAUGUCCGAACACGAGAGGAGGAGGCAAUCGUGCGUGCCCGAGGAUCACUGGGAGAUCAUCACGAUGCUCAUGCAGGCGCGACCCGAGCACCAGUGGCAGGUGCAACUCAGCACAUCCAAAUAA